AUGGUUGGCGGUGGAAGCAGAAGAGACGAUGGUUCGUUGGUAAUUAACAACACCAACGUGUUUGCGGCGCUUGAUACUUUGAAGAAGAAAAAGAAAUCGGAUAAGGAGAGAAAGAAUAAGGGUUCCAAAUCGUCCAACAAAUUGGAAUCUGAAUCGGAUUCAAAGGUGUUUUGGGCUCCGGCCCCAUUGAAUGCAUCUUCAUGGGCUGAUGUGGAUGAUGAUGAUGAUUAUUAUGCCACCACUGCACCGCCUCAAUCUGUUUGGUCUGUUUCCGACCCACAACAUAGUGACGAAAAGCCAGAGAAUUUUGAGGAUACUGAGAGUGAGGAAGAUAUUUUAGAUGAUGGGGAUGAGGAGGAGGAAGAGCAAGAUCAUGAACCAGAACCGGAGGACGCUGUGAAACCUGAACCUGAGCUCAAGAAGCAUGCUGAAGUUCCUGUGGCACCAAAGGAAGCAGAACGGCAGCUCUCCAAAAAGGAAAGGAAGAAAAAGGAACUUGAAGAGCUUGAGGCUCUUUUAGCUGAUUUUGGAGUCGCACAGAAAGAAAGCAAUGAUAGUCAAGGUCAAGAUGAGUCGCAAGGCGCCGAGGAUAAAAAAGAUGUUGAAGGGGAUGUAAAUGGAGAAAAGAAAGAAACAGCUGCAGAGUCAAAGACUGCCAAGAAGAAGAAAAAGAAGGAAAAAGCUUCCAAGGAGGUGAAACAAUCCAACGGUCAGCACAGCAAUUCAGAAACAAACAUUGCGUCUGAUAUGGCCGAAAAUGCGGAGGAGGAUCCAUCUGUUGUUGAUGUGAAAGAGCGUCUUAAGAAACUUGCUUCUGUGAAGAAGAAGAAAUCCAAUAAAGAAAUGGAUGGUGCUGCCAGAGCUGCUGCUCAAGAAGCUGCUGCAAGGAAUGCAAGGCUUGCUGCGGCAAAGAAAAAAGAGAAGAACCAUUAUAACCAACAACCUGUGCGGUAA